CAUUAUUUGUUUAUAAUUUUAGAGCUUUAGUUGAAGAUCCCAAACGUAUGGAAUUAGAAGUGGAUUUUUAUAUGCCAAAAGUAAUAUCGACAGGAAACUUUAAAGCCGAGGGUAAAAUCGGAGAAAUUCCAAUAAUGGGAAAAGGUUUCUUCAAUGUAUCGUCUUACGAUGUUACUGGCACUUGGGCACUAAAAGGUGACACAAUUAAAUUAGAUGGUCAACGUCACAUGCGUAUCAAAGAUGUUGGUAUGAAAUUGGACAUUGGUGACAUGAAAAUAUACGCCACUAACUUAAUUAACGGAAGCCCCGAACUAAGUCAAAUGGCUUUAUCAUUUGUAAAUCAAUUUUGGCGUGUUAUAUUCCAAGUAAUGAUGCCAUUUGCUGAAGAAGCUUUUGAAAAAAUUACCAAGCCAGUUCUUAACCAAGUGUUCCUGGAAAUACCAUACGACCAACUGUUCCCUCCAAGUCGCAAAUAAUUCAGUCUCUCAAAAUCAUCAUUAAUACUACUUUUAACGUUUUUUUUUGAAGAAUUGGAUUUUAUAUUUUUGUUUAUAAGUUAAGAUUUUUAUUAAAUAAUAAUUAUAUAAGUGAUCUUUCUGUUCUAUGUUCAUCAUAGUGAUGAGCAUGAAAAAAUGUAUUAUUGUCAAAAUAGAGUGUUAUUUAUUAUUAAUGUU